AUGAAUAAAAACUAAGCAAGCAACUUCAUAUGUCGAUGUUUGAAUACAAGACUUGGUAAAUUUAAAAUGAGAACACAAAUUUUAAUUAUAAAUGGAAUAAUUUUGGCCAUAUUAAUUCCUUCCCUCUUAUUAGCUUAGACUAUAAAUAUGCAAUAUGUAUAACAAAUUCUUCAAGAAUGUUUAAAAAGACAUGUAAUUUUAGAAAUGUCCAAACAUUUAACUAGUGCUUCAUUAUUAAUGAAUUAUCAACUAGAUUAAGUUUUUAAAAGAAGUACUUAAUGUCUAAGUUUUUAGCUUAGAUUACAUUGACGAACCUUAACUAGAUUUAUUGGCUAGAAUUAAGUAAUUCAAUAAACACAACUCAGUAGUUUUCUCGAACCUGUGAUUAUAAUGAUACAAUAAUCCCUGAAGAAAAUAAAUAUUCAAUUUUAUGUUUUUCAAGAUUUGGAUUAAAUUAAAGUGAAUAAUCUCCUUACUUAGAUAGUAAUACAAACCAAUAAUUGCAAAGUAUAACUAAUUUAGUGAGCUCAACAAUUUUGAGUUUAUUAAGAUUAAAUGAUGAGUUUUUACCAAAUUAAAUUUAUUUUGUCUCUUCUAUAAAUUCGGUAUAAUAUGGUUUUUUAUAUCCUUAAAUCAUACGUUAUCCUGAUUUUAUUCUAAAAGAAAGAGAAUGGUAUAAAUCACACUUUAGAAAUUUAGAAAAAGAUAAAAAUAAUCACACUUAAAUAACUGAUCUUUAUAGAUAUUUUGAUACACAACCAAUAUAUUCUAUGACAAUGACUUAAUCUAUGUUAAAUUUAAAUAAAGAAGUAGAUGGAAUAUUUUGCUCUGAUCUUGUUUUCAAAAAUAGCUAUAUUCCUUAAUUGAAUAUCAAUAUCAUGAUUGUCAAUACUGAAGGUACAUUAGUUUUAACUAAUUAUAAAAACAUUAUAGUAUCAAACUACUCAAAAUUGACAAAAUUUGAUGAUGAAUAAAUUACAGGAUUUACUACUGAAGAUUGGAAUUCUAUUCUAAGUUAUCAUUAUAACUAAGAAUUUAAUUCUACUUGCAAUUACGAUAAUUUAUAAAUUUUAUGUAGAUUUAAUAGCAUAUAUAACAAAGAUGUUGCUCUUAAAAUAAUCAAAUUAUAGAAUAUCAACUAUUUCCUUAUUCUUUUUUAUGAUCUUUAAAUCGAAUAAGAAAUUGAAUUUAAUAUCAACCAACUUCUUCAUAUCCUUAAUCAAAAUUUCAACAAAAUGAUAUUAAUCACUGCUUUAUCCUCAUUUGGACUUAUUCUAUUACAAAUUAUUUUAAUCUAUAUUAUAUUUCUACCAAUGUAUUAAAUAAUUAGAUAAUCAUUUUUCUUUCUUAAAAAAUAAGAAUAAUAAAAAUUAUCUAAGCAAUAAAUUUUCCUAAAAGAACUAAAUAAAUUUUAGGAAAUUAUGAAAUAAUAAAGUCAUUCUAUUGAGAGUUUUUCAAAUAACAGUAUAUAUACAAUAAUAUAUUAAAUUAGAUAAUGCACUUAUCAAAUUUAAAGUUUAAUUUAAUACAUUAUUUGAUAGAGUUUUGGCUUAAAGAUUAACCAUUAAUCCUCAAUGUCAAAUACUUUAGCAAUUUAAAUAUCCAAGAAAAAGUGUUCAUUUCUCUUUGGACAUUUCUAAAACUAUUAAAGAAGGAAAAAUUUAUGAUAAUUAUUAUGAAUAAUAGAAUAACAACACUCCAAGAAAAGAUUACUUAAAAAGAACCUUUAGUUUUAGAGUUGAAUCAAAUUGA